AUGAUCUCCUUACCACCUCUAACCUCUGACAUUACUGUCUCAGUCAACUCCUCUGCCAAAUUGACCGAAGCCAUUCGUCGUCCAAUUGAACCAGUUGGCAAGCAUUUCAUGCACCAUGCUCAAAGAACUUUAAGAAACCACACCUGGUCUGAAUUUGAAAAGCUUGAAGCUGAAAAGAACGUCAAGACCGUUGACGAUUCUAACGUUGACCCAGAUGAAUUAUUGUUUGACCAAGAAUUAGCAGAUGAAACUUUACUAUCUCACGAUCCAAGAGACUGGAAAACCGCUGAUUUAUAUGCCGCCAUGGGUCUAUCUCAAGUGAGAUUCAAGGCCACUGAGAAUCAAAUCAUUAAGGCUCAUAGAAAGCAAGUCGUCAAGUACCAUCCAGAUAAGCAAUCUGCUGCUGGUGUUGGUUUGGAACAAGAUGGGUUCUUUAAGAUUAUCCAAAAGGCUUUUGAAACUUUAACUGAUUCCAACAAGAGAGCUCAAUAUGAUUCUUGUGAUUUCGUUGCUGAUGUUGCCCCACCAAAGAAGGGUACCAAAUACGAUUUCUUUGAAGCUUGGGCUCCAGUGUUCGCCUCUGAAGCUCGUUUCUCUAAGAAGACUCCUGUUCCAGAAUUGGGUGAUUUGACCACUGAAAAGAAGGACGUGGAAGCAUUUUAUUCUUUCUGGCAUAGAUUUGACUCUUGGAGAACUUUUGAAUUCUUGGAUGAAGAUGUUCCAGAUGAUUCUUCCAACAGAGACCACAAGCGUUACAUUGAAAGAAAGAACAAAGCUGCUAGAGAUAAGAAGAAGACUGCUGAUAACGCUAGAUUGGUUAAAUUAGUGGAAAGAGCCAUGAAUGAAGAUCCACGUAUUAAGUUGUUCAAGGAGGAAGAAAAGAAGGAAAAGGAAAGAAAGAAAUGGGAAAGAGAGGCCGGUGCUAGAGCUGAAGCUGAAGCUAAGGCAAAGGCCGAAGCUGAAGCAAAGGCUAAGGCCGAAGCUGAUGCUGUUGCAAAUGCUUCUGCUAAGGCUGACAAGAAGAAGGCUAAGGAAGCUGCUAAAGCUGCCAAGAAGAAGAAUAAGAGAGCCAUUCGUAAUGCUCCAAAGGAAGCUGACUAUUUCGGUGAUGCUGACAAGGCUGCCGCCAUCGAUGAACAAGUUGGUUUAAUUGUUGACUCCUUGGAUGAUGACCAAUUGGUCACUGUUGCCGACAAGAUUAAGGCUGGUCAAGCCAAGGAAGGUUUGCAAGAAAUUGCUGUUGUCUUGAAGGAUGCCGGUAAGUUGCCAGCUUCUUUGUUGCCUUACUUCAUUUAA